AUGGUUCAAGCGGAGCAAUUCUCGGGUUCGCCAAGUGAAGACCCUAUUGAGAAUCUUGAUAAGUUUCUUGAACUUUGUGCCAUGAUACAAACCAACCAAGUUUCUCAAGAAUACAUUCAGAUGCACCUAUUUUGGCAAUCUCUUGCGGGAAGAGCAAAGAAGUGGCUCAAGCAAGUCAAGCCUAAUUUUCUCUCAACAUGGAGGGAAAUUGUUCAAGCAUUUUUGAAAAGGUUCAUCUCCGAAGAGAAAAAUGCUGACAUGAGGAGGAAGAUAGCAUCUUUUAAACAAGAGGCGGAGGAAAGCCUUAGUGAAGCUUGGGAGAGGUUUAAGGAGUUGGUGCAAGCAUGUCCUCACUAUGAAUACAAUCAAAGCUUACUCAUGAGGUUCUUCUAUGAUGGUUUGGAACCGAUGUCUCGAGCUAAUUUGGAUGCGAGGGCGGGUGGACAAUUGAUCAAAGUCCCUCAAAAUCAAGUUGAAGCAACAAUUGAAGAGGUAGUCAAAAACUACUCUUGGGGAGGAAGAAGGAGGAAUGCGCCAAAGAAAGGUGGGAAGUAUGAGUUGGAGAAAGUCGAUCAAUUGCAACAUCAAAUUGAGCUUUUGACAAAAGGGCUUGCAAAGUUGAAUACUAGUGUCAAUAGUGGGGCGAGCUCCUCCCAAGUCAACUCUUUCUCUUGUCAAAAUUGUGGUGGUACGAACCAUGACACAUCCUAUUGUGGAGCACAAUUGGCCGAGAGGGUUCCUUUCAACUCAUCUUCCACUUUGCCCGGACAAUCACAAACCAACCCUUCUAAUAUUGUGAAACCCGACUCUUGCAAGGCAAUCACAUUGAUAUUGGGUACAUCUUAUGAGGGUCCCAAGGAAGAGGAUGGAAAGGAAAAGAAGGAAGGAGAAGAGAAGAUGAGUGAAGAUAAAGAAGUUGAAGAAGAGAAGGUUGAUGAGAAAGAGAAGAGUAUGGAGAAAAAGAAGUCUAAGGAUGCGGUGACAUCCUCAACUUCUAGUGAGGCUAGAAAUCUUGAUGGACCAGUUCCUUUUCCCGGUCGGCUUGCGGAGAGAAAAUUGAAUGACAAAUUUGCCAAGUUCCUAAGUGUGAUGAAAAACUUACACAUUAACCUCCCUUUCAUUGAGGUUGUCACACAAAUGCCCUCAUACUCCAAGUUCUUGAAAGACAUUCUCACCAACAAAAGGAAGCUCAAUGAUGAGCUUAUCACUCUUCCCCAUCAAGUGAGUGCACUUGUUCAACACAAAAUGCCCAAGAAGCAAAAGGAUCCGGGAAGCUUCACCUUGCCGGUCAAGAUUGGGAACAUGGAAGCUAGGGGUGCCUUAGCCGACCUUGGAGCAAGUGUUGGUUUGAUCCCUCUAUCCAUUGCUAUAAACCUUAACAUUGAGAUGAUCCCCACGAAGAAAACCAUUCAAUUGGCCGAUCGUUCGGUGAAGCUACCUUGUAGUGAGCUUGAAGAUGUCCCUAUUCAAGUUGGGCAUAUCUAUGUGCCUUGUGACUUUGUAGUGAUGGAUAUGGAAGAAGAUGUGGAUGAACCUUUGAUUUUGGGCCGUGAAGCUCUUAAGACCUUGGGGGUGUGCUAUAGGGUUGAUGUUGUCAAUGAAGAGCUAGAUCGUUUGGGAAGGGUUAUGAUGAGUCCUCAAGAUCCAAUGGUUGAAGCUCUCAUAUGUGAGGAAGAGUACUUCUCUCAAGAAGCAAAGGAGUUUGCUAUGGCCAUUGAAGAAGCCAAAGAGGAGGAAGCGAGUGAUCCUAAGCAUGAUGAGCUAGAACAUGAGGAGGAAAAAUUGGAGCAGAGUUCUAAGCCUCCUCCCAAGGUGCCGUACUUGGACAAAAGAAAGAAGGAAGAUCUUGUGUCAUCUACUAUGCAAGUAGAACGCUCGACGAAGCUCAAAGGAAUUAUACCACAACGGAGAAGGAAAUGCUAG